CAUCCAUCCACCCAUCCGCUCCUAGACAGAGAGAGAGAGACCACGCCGGUCACAUCAAUGACAUCACAUCACACUCCACUCCACCCCACCAUCCGCACCACUUACUGGCCCACCUCACCUCUGUGCCAUCACCUCACUCACGCGCGUCGGUGACGUGAGGGAAUCUGAAAAUGGGCAGGGGGUGCGCCUCGGUGUUGAAUACCCACUCCGAGAGGUCGAACGUCCAUCGGGGAGAGAAGAGCAGAUAGAAAUACUUGAGCACCUCGGCCGUCCAGAACGACUCGGUCUCGUCACUCUGAUGAGAACCGUCAGCCUGCAGAUAUAUCGGCACACACACACACACACACACACAUACACACAGAGGGAGUUGGCCUCUCCAAUAUGUCUGUGUGGAUGUGUGUGGUGUCUGUCUGUCAGUCUGUCAGUCUGUCGGUCUGUCGGUCUGUCUCUUGGGUGCCUUCCUUUCCUUACGCUGUUGACUUGUUCGACGAAUGCGUAACCGUAUUUGGCUUUGCAGUGUUUCUGGAUGGCCCGCCAUAUCUUGUAGCCCCACUGCCGGUAGGUGGGGUCGCCCGUGUAGUACCACAACAAGUAAAUCGACUCGACAGUCUCCGGCCUGGUGGGCCACAGGCAUGCAUGCACCACAUCCAUCCACUCACCGCAUUCGCCUCCCCCCCUGUCGCACCUGAGCUUGUAAGUGUCCUUGUAGCCGAAGAACACCUCGGGAUCCUCCUGCUGUGGGCUGUUCCGCACGCCAACAAACUCAGGACUCAACCCUACACACACACACACACACACACGCACACACACUCAUAGACAUCCACAGCCCCUGUGUGACCUGUCUUGUGCUGUUCGUGUGGUGCUGCCGAUCACCUCACCGACCAGUAGCAGUUCGCGCGUAUCCCUCAUAGCAGGUCUGCGUGAUCUUGUGCGAUGCCCUGUCCCACUCGACCCACCGCCGCUUCCGCGCCGCUGCCAACUUGGUGUCGUUGGCCGCGGCCGCGGCCAACAGCUGCUGGUCGUGGGGCCUGCCCUCCUCCACACCAAGCUUGAGCAAGCCGCCCAUGAAACACACCAGCUGCUCCAUCCUGAUCAAUGGACACAUGGAUGGAGUGGGUGGUUGGGGUGGUUGGGGGCUGUUGACGCACCUACCUGGGGUCGUGUUUGACGUUGGCUGGUGUGUCUGCGAUGAACAUGAGCUGCGAGGGGCCGUGGGACGUGCCGACGAGAAAGGUCAUCAUGCCGUCCAUCGCUCGCUGCCACAAAUCGAAGAAACGGGGCUCAGUCUGCCACAGAGAGAGAGAGACAGCCAUACAGGCACUGAGGGAGGGCACUCUCCAUGCUGUGUGGUGUGUAUGUGCUGACUCUGUCUGUGCCCAGGCCACCCCCGCACCGACCUUUCCGGUUUGUAUCCACUGUUUGAGGAGGUACUCGUAGUAGCUGUCGGCCAUACCGCCCACCGUCGGAUGACCACCCGCACGACCUGACCAAGGGGAACAUCCAGCCAGGCAUCCACCCACCCAUCGGCCAUCCAGGCAGUAAAGGCUCUGCCCCUGUCUGUCUGUCUGUCUGUCUGUCUGCUCACGUGGUGCUGGUUGUGCAGCCAGGUGGGUGAAGGGCAGCAGAUGGUCGCCCCCUGCGGCCUGCACGCACACACAGACAGACACACAGCCGUCUCCGCUCUCUCCGUCUGCCCCUCGUGCGAGCAGCUCACCUGCCGAAGACUGUUGAAGGCCCCAUCGGCUGCACGCUGAUACCUGACAGCCACAACAGCCACAAUCCGCCCGUGUGUGGGCGUGUGUGUGAGUUGCGUGUUGGUGACUGACUUGGGGUCUCCCGUGAGGAAUGAGAGGCACCUGAACUCCAGCUGAAACGUGCCGGCAGAGGCCAUGAUGAUGUUAUUGGUGAAGCGGGUCGUUCGCUGCGCUAUGUUGACGUCGUCACUGAUCGACCGCCCACACACACACACACACACACGUCCAUCCAUCCAUCUCUCUCUAUGUGUGUCUGUCUUACUUACUUCGGGAGGUAUGAGCCCUUGUUGAUGGCGGCCAUAAGCCUGUCGCCCAGAUCAGUGGCCUUGAGCAGCAAGCCCGGCCGGCCCGAGAGGGCGUGGGCCGACAAAAGGCCGCCCAGCACACGGAUGACAAUCUCAAAGAAGAAGUACUGCCGCGCGUAGUCGAAUGAGAGCUCAUUCUCGGCAAAACUGGCCGCCUGACAGACAGUGGGGAGGGAGGCAGGAAAGGAGAGAGCACCAAUGGCCUCCCUGGACCUAUGUGUGAGUCUUGGCGCACCUGCUCGAACUCCUUUGUGAGGUUCAUCAUGUAGAGGGUGGAGAGGGAGUCGACCAAAAAGACAGCAGAGCUGAAUGAAGAAGGAGAGGACAAAGGGGGCACGGCACAGUGACCGUCGUCAAGGAAGGCUGAUUGUCUCUCUCUCUCUGUAUGUUCCUGUUGUCUCACUUGAGGUCUCUGACAGGUCUGCCUGAGAGCGGCAGCACCCUGUCGGACCCCAGCCCCUUCUCGGAGUACAUCUGCCACGUAAAUCGAGUCGCCUCCACAACCUGACACACGCACACACACACACACACACACAUAUACACACGAUCCCAUGGCGCCACCCCCACUCUCCUUCCCCCCUGCACCACCUACCUCUUCCCUCUGCUUGAGCGCCUCUCUAUCCCACUUAACAAGCUGGUCCACACCGUAGGUGUCGAUCCACUGCUGUGGGUACGGGUAUGGCUGCUCCUUCCCCCCCGCGAACCGCUCCCACUCGUCCAGCGAAGGCACGGCCGGCGGCCGCCAAGGCUUCCUAAUCGUCACCUGCGUCAUGGUGGUCGUGUUGCUCACGCUCACGAGGCUGUGCGGGUCGUAGUACAACCGACCAUCGUCAGCCAGGGCCGAGCUGCUCUUGUCUGUGCGUGGAGGGGAAAUGGCGACACCCCCCACCUGAAGAGGAGGCCCCUUUGCACCACCACGCAGGCUCGGAGGUGGUGGGGGCGGCGGGGCGAUGGCCCGCUUGACGGCGUCCCGCGCCCGUGACACAGCGCCCCUGACAGCCUUCCAGCCGCGUGAGUCCGUCAAGGGCGCCCCCGGCACCCGCACAAACAUCGCCUCCGCCCUGCCAUCACCACCAUCAUCACCAUCAACACGGUCACCACCAUCUCCUGCCGUUCCAGCCGCAUCUGCAUCGCUCCUCGGUGACGCCCCCGCCCCCCGCCUCGGCCACUGGAUAAAAGCUGAAUUCACCACAGAAGCGUCGGAGUCGAUGGCGCCCGCUCGAUGCACGACGAUAAUGAGGUUGAGGACGAUAAUGCUGCCGAGAACAGCCAGGCCGAUGAUCACACAGGACCGCCGGAGAGAGCGGCGGACCGACGGCAGGGGCGUCCAUUUGGGUUCGUUCUCGAGGCCGUGGUAGGGGUGGGUGGGCGAGGACGGCCCAGGGCUCACUGGGGCGGGGUCCGAGCGGGCAGAGAACAUCGCAAGAAUGGGAUAAUAUGAUGGCAGGCAGCGAUCAGACCAAUGGGAUCAGACCAAGAUGCUUCAAGGCCGUAAGGUGGCGAGGAGGAGGAAAGAUUGUCGAGCUGAUCAACUGCUGUCACUGACGCCUCAAG